AUGGGAUCAACGAGUUACUAUGACGAUUAUGAGCAUCAAGGGUCCUCCAGAUUCCAGCAAGCCGAAAUAAAUCUUGCUAGUUUACAAUCUCUCGAGAAAAAAGACAAAACCUUUAAUUGGUUCAUGGUGCGAACCAUCCUCACAUCAGGCGCUGGCUUCUUUACAGAUUCUUACGAUGUGUUCAUCAUCAAUCUAGUGACACCGAUGCUAGGCUAUGUGUAUUAUGCCUCCAACAGCAAUAAAAUGCCUGCUGAUGUGGAAGGUAUUGUCAAAGGUAUGGCCUCUGUAGGUACAUUGAUUGGUCAGCUCUUGUUUGGUUUCUUGGGCGAUAUUUUGGGCCGUAAAAUCUAUGGUUUUGAGCUUUUAAUCAUCAUUGUUGGUACCAUCAAUUGUGCUACUGCUUCUUCUGCUGUUCGUGGUGUCUCUGCAAUUGGCUUUCUCGGGUGCUGGCGUCUGAUAUUGGGUAUUGGUAUUGGUGGUGAUUACCCCAUGUCUGCUACUAUCACUUCUGAAUGGUCCUCCACUGGCAAGCGUGGUCAAAUGAUGGCUCUCAUUUUCAGUAUGCAAGGUAUUGGUACUCUUGCUGCUGCUAUUGUUACCAUCAUUUUACUCGCCAUCUUCAAGGAAGCCAUCAUUGCUGAUGUGAUGAAUUUGGAUUACGUAUGGCGUCUUUGCAUCGGUCUUGGUGCUGUUCCUGCUGUUGCUACCGUCUAUCUCAGAUUUACUAUGCCAGAAUCUCCUCGAUAUGCACUCAAUGUUAAGCAUGAUAUCGAAGAAGCUGCCGCUGCCGCUGCUGUCAAAGGUGAGCAGCUCCAAGAAGCGCAUGUUGAAGCUGAAAGAGAGCGUACUGUCGAUGGAGAAGAAACGAAGCGUGAUCACUGGGCUGAAUUCCGUGCUUAUUUCAGUCAAUGGAAACAUUUGAAGGUGCUGCUCGGUACAUCUCUCUCUUGGUUCUUGUUGGAUAUCGCUUUUUACGGUCUUGGUCUCAACAACUCUGCUGUUUUGGCUGCUAUUGGGUUUGCCAACAAGUCUACACCCUUUGAAUCAUUGUGGUGGAAUGCCAUCGGUCAAGUCAUCAUCACUGUGCUUGGCUCUGUCCCAGGUUACUACAUUACUGUCUUUACAGUUGAGAAACUAGGAAGACGAUGGAUCCAACUCCAAGGAUUUGCUGUCACUACAGUCAUCUUUGCUAUCCUCGCUGGUUGUUACCAUCUCCUGAUUGAAAACUCGAUGCCUGCCUUCAUUUUCUUGUUUACAUUGGCACAGCUGUUUCAAAAUUUCGGUGCCAAUGCGACAACGUUCAUCAUCCCUGGCGAGGUCUUUCCUACCAAGGUUCGCGCAUCUGCUCAUGGUAUCUCUGCUGCUUCUGGCAAGGCAGGCGCUAUCAUCGCUUCCUUUGCCUUUAAUGUGUUGGUUGAAGUUGGUGAUACCAAGCCCGGACAGCAUGCCUUCUUGCCUCAAACAUUGGGCAUCUUUUCUGCUGUCAUGUUUUUGGGCUUCGUUGUCACAUUCUUCUGGGUACCAGAGUCCAAGGGCAAAGAUCUCUCUGAAUUUGAAGAAGGUUACAUGUCGAAUGAUCAAAAUACAAUUGAGCUUGAUUCCAGCAAUAGCUUUGGUAAGGCUCAGGUCGACAGUGGAUCUUCUUCAUCGAACGAUCAAAAUCGUGGUUUCACUGAAGCCAUUACUGGUGAUCUCUCCAAGCAUUAA